UGGUCGCGUGCGGCCGAUUCCAUGGCGUUUCUCUGCCGCGUCGACCUUCUCGACAAGUCGUAUCUGUCCGUAGAGAUACAGAAGAGCGCUAAAGGUUGUGCGCUGCUUGAUCACGUGUUCGAUGUUCUGAAUCUCAGGGAGACAGAGUACUUUGGGCUGCAGUUUGUGGAUUCGAAGAAGCAAUUGACGUUCUUAGAUGGAGAGAAAACUAUGAAAAAGCAGUUGAAAGAUGUUCAUUGCUCAUUCUGGUUUGUGGUCAAGUUGUAUCCAGAGAGUCCCAGCAGCAUCAUAGAAGACAUCACGAGGUAUCUUGUCUGUCUGCAAGUCAGGAAAGAUUUACUGGACGGGCGGUUGCCAUGUGCUGUUGAUGCAGCUGUGCUGUUUGGAUCUCUCUACGCACAAGCUGAGCUUGGCGAUUAUGAUUUGGACAAGCACAAGGCAGACUACCUGGAGACUAUUGAAUUUUUCAAGAUUUGUAGUGAGCGGAUGCUGAAGAGAGUGUCAGAACUUCAUCAGACUCACACCGGUCUCACGCCUGCCGAAGCUGAUUACAAGUUUCUCGAUCGAGCAUGUUGUCUAGAACUAUACGGUGCUCAUUUCCUAUCUGUAACAGUGCUGUUUCAUUCCAUUGAUCAGAGAGAGAGAAUCGUUCGUCUUGCGGUGUCGUGGGCCGGUCUGUCUGUCUAUGAUGGAAAAUCUCCGGAUCAUAUCAGACGUCUUGGAUUGCCCUGGAGACGCGUAUCACAUAUUGCUUUUGAUAGAAAGAAGCUGAAAGUCUGUGAUAUCGAAGAGAAUGAGUGGGAGUUUUUCUGCGAGAGUCGUCGAGAAUGCAAGCGAUUUUGGAAGAUCUGUGCAGAGCAUCACACCUUCUUUAGACGGACGGAAGCUCGGACACCGAAGUCGCCAAUAUUGAGUGCUUUCAAGAUGUCGUCUCGGUUUAGAUACAGCGGUCGUACUCAGCGUGAGGUAAGACAAGAAAGCCUACAGAACGGUCACCCGCCAGAGUAUGUCAGAUCUAGGAGUCUUAGUCCUAGUCACGUGCUUUCAGACAGACGGACAAGACCCGAAACGGGCAGUAUGAGUACGAAUAGCACUAGCACAAGUGGUACAUUCAUAUAGUUCAUGAUGACCAGACAUACUGAUGCAUGUACGUUCAUUGAGAAGAGGACGGUCGCCUCUGAAGUCGAAGACGGAUUCUAAAUCAUCAUAUUUAUGUUGGCAGGUGGAUCUGUUAUAUUUGUAUACUGACUUGUAACUGUAUCAUAGCCUUGUGAGGUGUACUGUGUAUAGUAAUGUGCUAACAGGCAUGUAGGACAUGCAAGCGUCUAUAGUAAAAAAACAGGGCAAUAAGAGAACACAGUA